GUACAUGUUCUGCAAGCGCCAGGAUUCGAUGUCUGUGUGACCCAUGACCCGGUGCCGUAUUCGUUUAGUGUUUUUGUUUCUGUUUCUUCUGUUUGGGACUAUUGGAUUUCUGCCAAGCUAUUCGGGCCUGUUUAUUGUCGGGUUUGUCUCCAUUGUUCAUUUCAUCCUUUCAUAUCCGAUGACUAAUCGUGGCUGUCUCUUUUUGCAAUGUUAAGAGAUGAAUACGACCAGCCAGCCACGACAUUCUCAGCCACAUGCAUAACCACUUAUCUAGUAAGUACUCUCCAAGCAACAACUAUCUACUAGAUAAUUAAGAAUCAAGAAUCCCA